CAAAGGAGACCAGCCAAACUCAAUCGAAGCCGAUGGUCCCGAAGGAGGUCAUCCAAUAAACAAUGCUGAAGGUCCCGAAGGAGAUCAACCAAUAAACGAAUCUGAUGAUACCAAAGAAGACCAACCAAACUCAAUCGGAGCAGAUGACCUAGACAAUCCCAAUGGAUGUUGGAUAUCAUUAAAUGAACAAAGUCAUUUUGCGAAGAUGGGUCAACUGGAGAAAAAGUACAAGGACGUCAGGGAAGCAUACGCAAAGCAGGUAGACUCGCAGCGAUUCAAUGAGAGAAUGCUGGAGGCAUUGGCGCAAAGGAGAGGCAUAGCUGAGCGAGCCCUGCAGAAGUUCGAGGGGAACCCCAACCUGAUCCCCGCUGGCCUCAACCUCGGCAGCUACUGCAUGAUGAGGAUGCCCGGCUCUAUGCUUUUCUUCUACCGCCUGAAGCUCCGGAACAACACGCGGUUCACAGUGAACUUCAUUCACAACGACGUCAAACAACUUACGUUGACGAUGCGGCUGUCCCUUAACGAUCUACACCUGCUCGGUCAAUAUGAGCGCGCGCUCACAUCUAAAGAAGACCCGUCCAAAUUAUACUACAGGCCGAAUAAAGGAGAAGUUGAGUUCUUACUGAAAAAUGUGAACUACAAGGUGGAGGGACGGUACCGGCUUCUCGAUGGCAGGCUUCACAUCGAGCACAUUAUAUCGGAGAUACCGCCUAUGCAGAUACUUAUGCGAUAUACAACAGACACUGAAGGGAAGAGCGUUCCGUUGGAUCCGAAUAGCUUAAAGGAUUACCUGAACAGAAUGCAGACGGACCUCGACCAUUGGAUAAAGGACUACUUUAACGACUUUCUUAUGCUUUACGGCGUUGAAGAGCUUGGGAAAAAUAAGGAAAUACAGGCAUAUGAAAAUGAGAGGACGAUCCUACUAAAUGGAUUCGCGGACCAUGUUACGGGGAUGCUGAAUGGACGUAUGCGAGAAAAAGGACCAAGUCUCAUGAUGCCAGACUUUACACUGAACGCUGCCAAUGGGAUGCAAAUAAGGCUGUACGAUGGUUCUGUUCGCGGUCUAGACACCAUGUACCGGCGAUCCGUCACCACCGGGAAACAUGUCGGCGAGGUGCGCUACGUCAACACCGACAUCGGUUUCGGCGGACUAAAGACGGAGUACAGAUACGAUACGUACGUGAAGACCGGCAUGCCGCCGGUGUCCGGGGUGUUCGUGCUCAACUCCGAAGACAUCAGCGCGCAUAUGGCUCUCCAGAUCGUGGGAUAUAAGCCUUCUGUCCCUGACCUGCUUAUCACCUUCUUGAGACAUGGGAAACCAGAAUCGCUGACGGUUGAGGGACCCGCCAGCAGAAUAAUCGCUAACUUCAAACACCUGUUAGAACAUCACAUCAUUUCAAUUAUGAGCAGCACGCUGAUACACCACAUACGUUCUUUGAGCGCUUUGACAAAGUGUGAUCCUAAACUUCCUGUCAAAGACUAUGAAGAUGGUAGAGAAAAAAUUGAUACACAAACUGAAAAAAUAAUAACUGAAGAUUAUGGAGACUACGAUAUAACUACACCAAUGAAAUCUGAUGAUGACGAGGCUACUGAAAUGCCAGAUAAUAACGAUGAUGAGAAUAGUCCUACUGAACUGCCAGAUAAUAACGAUGUUGAUGAACCCACUCCAGAUGAUAACGAUGAUAAUGAACCAUCUGAACCGACAGAGAAUGAUAGUGAUUUUGAACCUACUGAACAACCAGAUAAUGAUGAACCAACUGAAGAACCACAAUAUUCUGAAGACGAUAGCACUAUUGAACCGGCGUAUCCUACAGAUGACGACAGCAAAAAACCAGAGUAUGCAUUUGUUAGAAAAGAAAGCGUAGAAUUAGAAAUACCGCCAAAAGAUGGUGCAGAAAAAGGAGAGUCAUAUAAAAUCGAUCAUAAUGAAACAUUCAGUCUAACAAAAUUAAAUCAUGCUAAUGAAGGUGAUAGAGAAGUACUGGCUGCUGAUAAUGUUGAAAAACCAAAAAACGACUAUCGCGGUAAGGUAGUAAAGCUUAUGGCGAGCGACGGCGAUUCAAACUGAUCUAGCACAAUAUUCCGAAACUUAAUGUAACUAGUAUAUUUGUACUAAAUGUGUAAUCUUUUUUCAACAUAAAAUAGCAUUUACGAUUUA